AAGUUGUAGUUAAUAAAAAAGAUAAAAUGCUUUCUAAACUAGAAGAAGAAAAAGCAUCAAUAAAUAACAAAAGAGAUUUUAAAGAAAGGGUAAAAGAAGACGAAGUAGAAAAAUAUCUCCAGCAAAUAGUUAAACUUAUUAUCGAUAUUGAAGAAACCAAGGAAUUCUUAGAUAAAGUUUUAGCAAUUGCUGGGUUGCAAGCACAGCAGAUUGAUGCAGAACUAGACAAAAAAAAUAAUUCCGAAGAAGUAAUUGGUUUUCGCAAUUCAGUGUUUAAAAGAAUUGUAGAAAAAGGGAUAGAUUAUGAAAUUGCCCGUGAGAAUCCACUAGUUCCUUACAGUGAUUUAACUGGCGACCCAAAAGAAGAUAUUUCGCAGAUAGUUAAUGAGCAGGAUAAAUUAAAUGCCUUAAAAGUAGUUCUGAAAGAAAUUAAAGAAAAGCGUCAAGUAAUCAUUGCCGAAAACAUUCUCCAAGAAAUUAUUGAUAAGUUAACUCCUAGUGAAGAUC